AUGCUGGGGGCCAUGCUCGCCUUUAUGGCGACGGCCUGCUUCGGGGCGUGGGGCCUGCUAGUCGCCGCGCGCGCCGCGCGCUCCAGCCCCGCGGGGGGGAUGGAGACGCGAGCGGCUCUACGGGUGCGCUGGACAGCUGUGCUAGUCGUGGCACCCCUCCUGCUGUCACUCGUGGAAGCGAUCCCCUUUUACGGAGUUGAGACUGGGGCUGCCGAUGACAUUUGGGUUCACGCCCGUGCUUGGGCCGGCGUCGUGAACAACGCCUUCAACUGCGUGCAGGUGGCUUUCCUCUCUGACCUGGUCGGGCCGCGGUGGCUGCGGCGGCUGGCGGUGGAGGCCUUCAAAAGCAUCAACUCCUUCAACGUGGAGGAGCUGCAGCGUACCUUGACGAAGCCAAGAUCACAUGGGUUUGAUGCCGCUACCUGA